AUGACCUUCUAUCCAUUGAUUACUGAUAGUAUUCGAACUGUGCUGCUUGAACGUGGCCCUCGAAUAGUUGACGUAUCAAACUUCAAGUUUCCCGUGUCGGAUGGAGAUAGACGUUUCGAUGGCAAGUGGUUUUACAAAAAGCUCACAAAUGGCGAAAAUGUGCGAAGAGAACGGCUACUUUAUAGCCAGUCGGAAGACUCUCUAUUUUGUUUUCCCUAUCUCCUCUUUGGGAAGGAUCAUCGUGGAAAGUCAUCUUCAUUUUCAGAUUUUAAUAAAGGCUUCAGUGACUGGAAACACUUAAACCCUCUCAUUUACAAUCACGAAAACUCGUCCAGCCACAGGUUGUGUUGCAUGCAGUGGAAAGAUUUGCAAAACCGACUAAAACAAAAGAAAACUGUAGAUGAUGAAAUUCAAGAAAGUAUUCAGAAGGAGGUAGAGAAGUGGAGGAACAUACUGAAGGUAGUCAUAGAUGUAAUUAUAUUUUGUGCUAAGAAUAAUGUACCACUUCGAGGAACAGCAAAGAAAGAAAUCAUUGGCGAAUCAAGUAGUGUUUUUUUAAGCACAUUAGAACUAAUAAGUCACUAUUAUCCUAAAGUAGCAGAACAUAUGGCAUAG